AUGAUAACUCUCGAAGACAGAAUCCGUAUGCGGAAGUCUGCCGCUCCUGAUCUCCUUCUGGCGCGCGAAAGCGGAGAGUUCACAGACUUUGCGUUCACUUGCGAAGGGGAAACUAUUCCUAUCCAUAGAAUCAUCGUCUGCAGCCAGUCUACUGUCUUCCACAGAGCAUGCACUGGGAUGUUCAAGGAAGCUUCAUCUGGAAUCUACGACUUGAACGACCAUCCUCUCCAGGUGGUUAAUCGCAUGGUCGAAUACCUCUAUACCGGAGUCUAUGAAGUCCCAGACAAUGCCGGCCUGUUGACACAUGCUACCAUGUUUACCCUGGCAGACAAGUACGGGAUUGGCGGACUGCAAGAGUUCGCAGGCGGGGAAUACCUCGAAUGCUUAUACCGAUAUGACAAGUUUAACAACCAAGACUUCACCAGAUCAAUUACAGAAGUCUACAAAGUCCCCAGGGAGGUAUCCAAGAACCUCCGAAACGCCGCUCUAGUGGCCCAAAAAGCCGGUCAGUUCACUGACUUCGCUUUUCUUUGCAAAGGCACAAAGAUUCCCGUGCACAAAGUGAUAAUCUGUGCACAGUCCAAAGUUUUUAAUGCCGCUUGUACGAGUGGUUUCAAUGAAGCCACAUCUGGGGUCUAUGACUUGAGCGAAUACCCUCUGGAGUUGGUUGAGAUGAUGGUCGAAUACUUCUACGUCGGGAACUACGAAGAUCCGAGUGCAGAUAUGUCCAAGGUGUCCCUUUCGACGCAUCUGUCGAUGCUGGUCUUGGCCGACAAGUACGCCAUCCGAGGCCUUGAACGGCAGGCUAAUCUUUGUUUCAUCUGCCGACUGAAUGAGAAGAAUAUUGAGCUGAAAGAAUUUCUUGAUUCGCUUCCGGUUCUGUAUGAAAUGCCAAUAUCGGUCUUUGGGGACGUUAUCAAGCCAGCCAUCUACUACCCAAGGGAGACGCUGCUGACUUUCACAUUCAAGACUUCCUGA